UAAGCAGAAAAUCAGUUUCAGAGUUUUGUGUUGUUGGGCGUUAUCCUCAGCCUUCGGUUACGGGCUGUUUGUUAGUUGCUGGUUACUCCACGACGCGCACUCUACCUGAUUGAUUCCUAUCUCAUAUGUUUAAAAAUUCACAAAACAUUCUAAUCUUUCUGUCUCUGCAUUCCUCAUGAAUUUCUUCACCUCCUUUUUCUCCGACGACGACGACGACGACGACAAUGCUCGCCAAACCGAAUCGCAAGACGAAGAAGAAGCGAGUCGCGAUUCCGAGCACCUAUCCGAUUCCCCCACCAGCGACGGCGGCGCGUGGGAAUUCAGCGGCCUAUGGAAAACCCUAAGCGCGAAAUCGGAAUCCAUCAUCGAUACCUACCGUCGCGACCUGCAGGAAUUCGGCACCGGUUUGAAGAAGGAGAUUGAGGUCGCUCACGGUUCCCUCGAGACGGUGGGCCACGUCAUCGACCAGUUCGGAAACACAGUCGUCAAAGGCACCUCUCACAUCAAAUCAUAUCUCGAUUCCGAUAAUAAUAACAGAAACAACAACCCCGGCGGCAACGAAGAAAAAAAGAGUUUCAAUUCGAAGCGCUAUUAUAAUAGGUUUGACGCACAGGUUCGUGCAAUUCAGGGUGACGUUAGCACCUACACCGAAGUGCCUGAGGAUUCGGAUGAGUAUACUGAUUGGAAAUCAGGGUUUUCGUUGGAAGGGAAGAGUGAUGAAAUUGAGGAUUUUUUAAAAGAGAGUGAGGCGAUGGAGAGUGUUUUCAAGAGGGUUGUUCCCAGUGUUGUUGACCGUGACACGUUUUGGUGUAGGUAUUAUUAUAGAGUUUAUAGGCUCAAGAAAGCUGAGGAUGUGAGGGCGAGACUCGUGAGGAGAAUGUCGAGGGAAGAGGAGGAGUUGAGUUGGGAUGUUGAAGAUGAUGAUGAUGAUGGUGAUGGGGAUGAGAAUAAGGGGAAAGAGGGAGAUUCUGAGUUGCAUGGUGAUGGAACAAAGAAAUUGAAUGUGGAAGAGAUGCAUAAGUCUGGUGAGGAGGGGUCUAAGGAAGAAAAGAGAGGUGAUUUAUUGCAAAGCAAGGGAGAUGAGUGUGUCGAAGAAUCAAAGGUUGACAAGAACAAAGAGGUUGUUGAGAAGAUGGGUGAUGGAAGUAGUAAGAAAACUAUCAAUGAAGAUGAUGAGAGGAAAGAUUCUGGUGUGGAUUCUGGUAAGAAAGUGAUAAUGGAAAGUAAAGUUGAUGAUGGAAAAGAUUCGUUGGUUGCAAAUAAGCACUCGGGGAACAAGAAAGAGGAGGAGGAUCUUGAGUGGGAUGAAAUUGAGAAUCUUAGUAGAAUUGAUGAAGAGAAGGAAGUUCGGACGGGUAGCCCUACCAAAGUUGAUUUGCGGAAGCGCCUCAGUGCUGCUCAAGAGCAAGACGAAGAAGACGACUUGAGUUGGGACAUUGAAGAUGAUGAUGAACAUGCUAAGGCAUGAGAUAUGAGCUUCACUUUCAUGAGAUUUAUGCAUGUAAGUGUGGUUUUCAUAACAGAAACUAGCAUUCUCUUUUUGUUUUUAUAUUUGUGUAAAUUUCUUAGAAGUCUCAUUCUUACACAUUUUAAAUGUAUGAAAAACAACUAUUUUAAUUGAUAUAUCCCUUCUCUUUAAUUUUUAACAAAUGUUUUGGAUA